CUUUCAGUGACCGCUCUUUUCUUGUGGUCUCUCUUCAUCUUGUCGUAAUAUUGCUGUUUCGCGGUCCCUUAUCAUGGACGGAACAGGAUCUGUUGAGUCGCAGUGGCUUACUCAACUGGCUGCUAUGCGGCAGGCCAUUGCCGAGCUGAAGCUUCCCAAAGACCCCGCCAAAGAGAACCUUGGGUAUGGUAGCGAUUUAGAUCUGGAUUUUGACGAGGACUAUUCUUCACCUGGGACAGUUGAUGAUAUCUGGGAUGUCAUUAGCUCCGACUAUGAGUCUAGUGCUGAUUACGAGGAGUUCGAUAAUGGUUUCGCCUUUCCCUCAGCGUUGUCGUACGACCAGUCUUGGCUGGAGCAGAAAUGCCAGAGCCUAACCUCUCAGAAACCCGGGCUGAAUGCGAAAGAGUUAGCUCAGCAGAUUACUGCUGCACUAGCGACCGACAGCGGAGAUGACGAGCUGCAAAUGUCUCUGGCCGAGAUCGUUGGAUUUGAUGACCUGGACUUUGUGAUUGAGUUGAUCGCACACCGAGCGGAUCUUCUGAAGAGCGUAACCACCGGUCCAGUGGCACAAACUGACGGUCUCUUCUCGGGGAAACUUCGAACAAGGGCGGAACGGGAACAGGCGUUACGGCAGCAGGACUUCGAACACAAGCAUGCCGCGUUGUUGCCGGCACAAACGAGACAGGAGCCACAGUAUCCCCAUGUCUUCAAGACCCACGACUCUAGAAAUGUACUUUCAUUUAGUGGAAAGAAGUUUGGGCUGCCACUGGGCAGCAAGCAAAUUGAUGAACAGAAGUACACCGAGGUGGAGGUCCCUGCGUCUAAGGUAGGCACUUUACGGCCCACGCAGAAGCUGGUGGAAAUAUCUUCACUCGAUGGACUAUGUCAAGGUACCUUCAAGGGUUACAAGACACUGAACCGGAUGCAAAGCUUGCUGUAUGAAGUUGCUUACAAAACAAGCGAAAACAUGCUAAUUUGUGCUCCUACUGGUGCCGGUAAAACCGACGCCGCUAUGUUGACUAUUCUGAAUACUAUUGGCAAAAAUACUACCCCAAACCCUAUUGAACAACCGGAAGCAACAGAGUUUGCGGUUCGGAUAGAGGAUUUCAAGAUUGUUUAUGUGGCUCCCAUGAAAGCGCUGGCUGCUGAAGUCACUGAAAAGCUUGGGAAGCGGUUGGCCUGGCUCGGGAUCCAGGUCCGUGAACUAACUGGUGAUAUGCAACUGACAAAGCGAGAGAUUGUGGACACCCAGAUUAUCGUUACUACCCCUGAAAAAUGGGACGUGGUGACACGGAAGAGCACCGGGGACACCGAACUUGUACAGAAAGUGCGCUUACUGAUCAUUGAUGAGGUUCAUAUGCUUCAUGACGAACGUGGUGCGGUUAUCGAAUCAUUGGUGGCCCGUACCCAGCGCCAGGUCGAAAGUACGCAAUCGCUCAUCCGCAUCGUUGGUCUUUCUGCCACUCUGCCCAACUAUAUUGAUGUCGCCGAUUUCCUUAAGGUGAAUAAGAUGGCUGGGCUGUUCUACUUCGACAGUUCGUUCCGACCUGUACCUCUUGAGCAACACUUCAUUGGGGUUAAAGGGAAAGUCGGCUCUAAACAAUCUCGCGAGAACCUUGAUGUCGUGUCUUACGAGAAAGUGCGUGAUAUGCUUGAAAGAGGACAUCAGGUCAUGGUCUUCGUGCAUUCGCGGAAAGAUACUGUCCUGACCGCCCGAAUGCUGAAACAGAUGGCUGCUGACGAAGGCUGCGAGAAUCUGUUCAGUUGCCAAGACAAUGAAAACUAUUCAAACGCGCUCAAAGAUAUGAAACAUGCUCGUGCUCGCGAGUUGCGGGAUCUUUUCGCCAGUGGUUUUGGAACCCAUCAUGCUGGAAUGAGCCGGAGCGAUCGCAACUUGAUGGAACGUUUGUUCUCCGAAGGUCUAAUCAAAGUCCUUUGCUGUACGGCCACAUUGGCGUGGGGUGUCAAUCUUCCUGCUGCAGCGGUCGUUAUCAAGGGUACCCAGUUGUACAAUCCACAGGAGGGAAAGUUCGUCGACCUUGGUAUUCUCGAUGUCCUCCAGAUCUUUGGUCGUGCUGGUCGUCCCCAAUUCCAGGAUACCGGUAUUGGGUUCAUUUGUACCACACAUGAUAAACUGACGCACUAUCUAUCUGCGGUGACGUCUCAGCAGCCUAUUGAGUCUCGUUUCUCCAGUCGACUUGUAGACAAUCUAAAUGCCGAGAUCUCUCUUGGCACAGUCACCUCCGUCCCGGAAGCUGUACAGUGGUUAGGAUAUUCUUACCUCUUUGUGCGCAUGAAGCGCGAGCCGCGGAAUUAUGGCAUUGAGUGGGCUGAAAUACGUGAUGAUCCCAUGUUGGUCCAGAGACGCCGUCAGCUAAUCAUCCAGGCUGCCCUCGUAUUGCAAAAGAGCCAAAUGAUCAUCUUUAACGAAAGGACAGAGGAACUCCGAGCAAAAGACGUUGGUCGUAUUGCAAGCCAGUACUACGUCUUGCAGACCAGUAUUGAGAUCUUCAACGAACUGAUGCGUGCCGAAUCGGGGGAAGCGGAUGUGCUGAAAAUGAUCAGUAUGAGUGGAGAAUUCGAUAACAUCCAGUCGAGAGAAAACGAGUCGAAAGAGCUGAAUAGGCUACGUGAAGAAGCCGUGCAAACAGAGAUAGAGGGUGGAAAUGACUCUCCUCAUGCGAAAACCAAUAUUCUGCUGCAGUCAUAUAUUUCGCGCGCUAAGGUUGAAGAUUUCGCCUUGGUUUCGGAUACAGGCUAUGUUGCACAAAACGCAGCUCGUAUCUGUCGCGCUCUAUUCAUGAUUGCCCUGAACCGACGUUGGGGUUAUCAAUGUCAGGUCCUGCUGUCAAUGUGCAAGUCCAUCGAAAAGCAGAUCUGGCCUUUCGAUCACCCGUUCCAUCAGUUUGAUCUGCCCCAACCCAUCCUGAGAAACUUAGAUGAGAGGCUGCCCAGCUCCUCCAUCGAAUCGAUGAGGGAUAUGGAUGUCGCAGAGAUAGGACAGCUAGUUCACAAUCAGAAAAUGGGGAAGACCCUAUCGAAAUUAUUGGACAACUUCCCAACCCUCAGUGUGGAGGCCGAAAUCGCACCUCUGAACCGUGACGUCCUACGCAUCCGCUUAUGUCUUUAUCCCGAGUACACUUGGAAUGAUAGGCAUCAUGGAGCUUCAGAAUCAUACUGGAUCUGGGUAGAGAAUUCAGAGACUUCGGAGAUCUACCAUCACGAGUAUUUCAUCCUCAGCCGGAAGAAACUCCAUGACGAACACGAGCUUAACUUCACCAUCCCGCUUUCAGAUCCAUUGCCAAGUCAGAUUUAUGUUCGUGCGAUAUCAGACCGAUGGCUAGGUGCUGAAACGGUGACUCCAGUAUCAUUCCAGCAUCUUAUACGUCCCGACACAGAGAGCGUUUACACAGACCUUCUCAACCUUCAACCACUGCCUAUCUCUGCCCUUAAGAAUCCCAUUCUCGAGGAACUUUAUGGACAGCGGUUCCAGUUUUUUAACCCAAUGCAAACCCAAAUUUUCCACCUACUCUAUCACACACCUGCCAACGUCCUCUUAGGCUCCCCUACUGGAAGUGGAAAGACUGUGGCUGCAGAGCUAGCAAUGUGGUGGGCUUUUAGAGAAAAGCCCGGGUCGAAGGUCGUGUACAUCGCACCGAUGAAAGCCCUCGUCCGCGAACGAGUCCACGACUGGAAAAAGCGCCUCACAGGACCUAUGGGCCUGAGACUGGUGGAGUUGACCGGUGAUAAUACUCCGGAUACGCGAACUAUUCGAGAUGCAGACAUCAUUAUCACAACGCCUGAAAAAUGGGAUGGUAUCUCUCGUAGUUGGCAGACCAGAGACUACGUCCGUAAGGUCAGCUUGGUGAUCAUUGAUGAGAUUCACUUGCUAGGCGGUGACCGAGGACCUAUUCUUGAGAUCAUUGUGUCUCGAAUGAAUUAUAUCGCGUCACAAUCUAAGGGAUCCGUUCGGUUGAUGGGCAUGUCUACUGCUUGUGCGAAUGCUACUGAUUUGGCAAAUUGGCUGGGUGUGAAAGAAGGACUAUACAACUUCCGACACUCCGUGCGUCCUGUGCCUCUUGAAAUUUACAUCGAUGGUUUUCCUGAGCAACGUGGAUUCUGUCCUCUCAUGCAGUCGAUGAACCGGCCAACUUUCCUUGCUAUUAAGAACCACUCUCCAGAAAAGCCAGUGAUUGUUUUCGUCGCUUCUCGUAGGCAAACCCGUUUAACUGCCAAGGACUUGAUCAAUUAUUGCGGAAUGGAAGAUAAUCCUCGCCGAUUUGUUCGCAUGUCGGAGGAGGAUCUGGAGUUAAACCUCGCGAGAGUCAAAGAUGAUGCAUUACGAGAGGCGCUCAGCUUCGGUAUUGGUCUGCAUCAUGCUGGUCUAGUGGAGUCUGAUCGUCAGCUAGCCGAGGAGCUUUUCGCAAACAAUAAGAUACAGAUUCUCGUCGCCACCAGUACACUCGCCUGGGGUGUUAACCUUCCAGCACACCUUGUAGUUGUCAAAGGAACUCAGUUCUUCGAUGCUAAGAUCGAGGGAUAUAGGGACAUGGAUUUAACCGACGUUCUACAGAUGCUGGGCCGUGCAGGCCGCCCGCAAUUUGACUCGUCCGGUAUUGCCCGGAUAUUUACCCAGGAUUCAAAGAAAGCUUUCUACAAGCAUUUCUUGCACACUGGUUUCCCGGUGGAGUCCACUUUGCACAAAGUCCUCGAUAACCAUUUGGGGGCUGAAGUUUCAGCGGGAACAGUCACAACCAAACAAGAUGCUCUCGACUACUUGACUUGGACAUUCUUCUUCCGCAGAUUGCAUAAGAACCCUUCGUACUAUGGCUUGGAAAUCUCGGCCGAAGAGCACAACACUAUGGCCGCUCAGACGAUAGCCCAAGAUUUCAUGAUUGAUCUGGUUGACAAAUCACUCGGUGAAUUAGCAGCAUCGUCAUGUGUUGUACUUGAUUCUGCGACAGGUGAAGUCGACCCGACACCUUUCGGCAAGGUCAUGAGUUACUACUACCUGUCUCAUAAGACAAUCCGGUACCUCAUGGCACAUUCAAAGCCUAAUCCUACAUUCCACGAUGCCCUGAGCUGGAUGUGUUCCGCGUCAGAAUUCGACGAGCUGCCUGUCCGACACAACGAAGAUCUCAUUAACGCAGAGUUGGCUCAGAAUCUACCUCUAUCUGUUGAGUCAAUGGGAGACCUGCCGCUGUGGGAUCCUCACGUGAAAGCGUUCUUGCUGCUUCAAGCGUACAUGUCGCGAAUCGAUCUUCCGAUUUCUGAUUAUGUCGGAGAUCAGACCUCUGUUCUGGACCAAGGUAUUCGUAUUUUGCAGGCGUCGAUCGAUGUUAUGGCCGAGCUGGGCUACCUAAAUGCUUGUCAGAUGCUGAUGUCCCUGCUCCAAUGCAUCAAGUCAGCUAGAUGGCCCGAAGAUUUCCCAUUGUCGAUCCUUCCAGGCGUGGGUGUCGCCGCCAAGCCAUCCAUCCUCCCAGGUUCCCUCACCGCGCUCUCAGCUCUACCUUCGCAUGCUGUAUCGUCUCUCUCCAAGGAACUACAGCUUUCUCCUCCCCAAACCGCCCAAUUCACCAAAGCUGCCUCGUAUCUGCCAAACGUGUCUGUAUCAGUCUUGAACGUCUCCUCAACUGGUAUUACCGUAUCCUUGUCCAGACGCAACCCCACAAUGGACCCAGAAUACAGAAUCUACGCGCCUCGAUUCCCUAAGCCACAGACAGAAGGCUACUUCUUGAUCGUAUGCAGCACAGCCUCAGACGGCAAAGACGGAGAGUUACUCGCGCUAAAGCGCAUCUCCUGGCCUUCCUUCGGCAAGCAGCGUACCCGCAACAACCGCAGCAACAAUGCUACCGGUUCCAGCAAGAAGUCCGGAGACAAGGGCAACAACCACCGGGACGGAUCUCCCCUCACAAUCCGGUCGUCUGUCAAAUUCCCAGACACAGCAGCUAGGAACGGUCUCAAUAUCAAGGUCAUCAGCGAUUCAUAUCCUGGAAUGGAAUGGGCUCUUCCUAACGUGGAUGUGGAUGGAGGAAGCCCUACGAAGCAGGUCUUACCGGAGUCGGCUAACUUCCCGGAAAAAAGUUGAGGUGGUCUUUUAUACAUGUACAUAUACAUGGAAAGAAA